AUGACCUCUUCGUCAGUUUACACAAGCCAAACCCACUGGGCACAAAAACACUGGUGAAUCAAUGUUGUUUCCACAUAAUUUUAAUGGAAUUAAGUUGAACCAUCGUGGAAUAGCCGUUGAAUUGACGUCUGUGCGCAGUGGGAAGAAGACAUUAAAUAUUAUGCUCAUAUCCUCCCAUACUUUCAGCCUUACAUUGAAUUAUUAAGUGAGCAGUGAUUUUCAGCUUUAGCAGCUAUACAAACGAUUCCCCAAAAGUACUUAUACAAUAUACAAUAUAUCAUUAUAUCUGUAUCCAUCCAUCUAUCCAUCCACUCAUCCAUCCAUCAAAUAUGAUGUAUAUAACUUCUCUCUCCCUUUUAAAAAAUCUCCCUCCCUCCCCUCUCUCUCCCAUAGGUUGGGUGUGGAGGAUAAAACCCUGGAGCGCUCUCUGGCCAGGGCGGGCUGUGAGGUACACUGCUUUGACCCCAGCCUAAGACAGGCCCACCUGCAGGAGUCAGACAUGUGGCUCCACCGUCUCUCCAUAGACUGGAGGGACCCCAACCCAGCCAUCCCCGUCCAGCGACAGCACGGCAACACCAAGAAACUGGCCGCCAUCCUCAACGAUUUUGGACACAGACAGGUCAGGGGGCACAUAGAGAGGAGAAGGGGGUUACAUGUAAAGGGAGAGGUGUGAAUGAAAUGACAAAUGGGCAAAUGUGUCCUGAAUUAAAUAUAAGGAAUGCAUGGGCUUAUAUUCAGAGAGUAUAUGUACUAUACUAAAUACAGUGAUAAUUUACUCCACAGACCAACAUCCUACACAGUGCACAAUAUACAGUACCUUUCUUUUAUGUCAUAUCCAUGACCACAAUACAAACAAUCCAUGCAAAAUACACUAUAAAAGUCACCAUAAAAACAAAUUCCUUAUCUUUCUCACCUCGACCGAAAAAGGCUACACGAAAAUGUACAUAUUCUCUCCCUAUGAGCUGGAAGAUUGAACUUUAUUAUCACAUAAAGCUGCACGUUGACUCCAGUAGCAGCUCCUCUCUAUGCCUCCUCAUCAUUCAUUCCUCCAAUGUCUCCUCUUGCCCUGGAGGGCAGAAAACUCAGAGGAAGAGAGAGGCCCAACUCGGCAGAGAAUCUGUCUCCCUCCAGCAGGUGGUGUUUUUUUGUUGUUUUGCCCACCAUGCAAGGAGUUUUUCUAUGGAGGUCAAUGAGAGAGUGUUGAAUUUUGUCAACAAAAUAAUUAAUGGCUUAUUUGCUACGUGAGGUUUAUUUGAUCUAAUGGAUGUUUCGUAAUGUUUAAGUUGUUACGAGUGUAGUGACAUAAGUAGGACAUGUGACAUCCCGGCAACUUUGAGAAAAAACACUCUAUAUCGGAGUUAUCUCGAGAUGGCUAUGCAUAUUCAUGGCAUGAGGCUAGUCGCAUAGCAUCUCUCUCCAUUGAAUACAGGCAUUUGACGUCAACAACCCUCACCGAAUAUUCAAAAAAAGGAUUACAAUAAUGAGAUGCAUCCAUCAAUCCAAAGAAAGGAUAGGCGGGAGCUAGACAGCCCGCUGUGCAGCUUUGUGGACAACGACUCCCAAUGUUAGGGCGGAGAGGCAUGUAUCUUGUCAGUAUAUCCAUCAUCUUUGCUUAUAGUUAUGGCUUUCCUCCUUUAAAUGUUAUCAUUCAGAAUAUUAACUCACAGGAGUCCCCCAGGGCUCUGUGUUCUGCCUCAUCAGAUAUGGAUCUGCAUACAAGAUCAAUGACAUCCACACACAAACACACACACUCAUGCAUGCUUGCAAACACGCACCCACACACACGCAUGCUCACUUGCACACACGCACACACACAUGCAACGCGUGCAUGAACACAGCAGUUUGUAGAACGGUGCCCUUCCCAAAACACAGCGAUGGCAUCAUAGAAGUAGGCAGGAGAGAUCAGAACUAUACAUCCUAUGGAAGGAGUUACAAGUCAGCUACACUACACGCGUUGCCAUCAGAAUUGUGUCAAUGUGACGUUCUAGACCAGAAACCAACCAAAAUAAACUUUAUUUUCUCAUUAUUCCCAUUCACAAGAUAUAAUUAAUUAUAACCUCUCAAUUUUUAACUGCAUAUUCCAGAUGGCAGGUUACCUCAGCCUAAUUCAUCACUCUGUUUUUUCUCUACUUUUUUUGGCAUGAGCAACAGUUUAAUCAGUGCAAAUUUAAAUCAGGCUCUUGAGCAGAAUGCACCGGCGCCUAGCAUUAGCGAGUCCAUGCUUAGAGGCAUCAGCCAUUAAUUCCUUUUUUUGGAGCGUGCGUGCGUGUGGGUGUGCAUGUGUGCGUGCGUGUGGGUGUGCAUGUGUGUGUGAGGUAAAGGACAGAUCCUAUCCUUGUACCUGCUUUAGAUGCAAUGCGACACACACAUCUCCAUAAUGGGUUUUUAAGGUGAGUACACAGCAUGCUUAAAGAACAACUGUCUGCCUUUCUUCGCUCUGCCUUUUUUCUUUCUCCAGCUUUGUGUCAGAAGAAGAGAGAACUGAUGAGUUGCUUCUAUAGAUCAAAAUAUGCAUUCAUUUGUGUUCUUUAUCGGUGAUUACACAGCUCAUAAAUGAGUCAUAUGCCACUCUAGUCAGCAUCAGAGCCUGUCUCCAUGGGGAUUAACACCACUUCAGCAGUCCUUCAGAUCUCAUGCAAAUUGAUUUGCUUUCUCCUAAUGGACAGUAGAACAACAAACAGAGACACUUCUCAAUGUCUCACAUCCACACUGUCACUAGAGGGACACACAGCCGGCAACAUGGCUUCCAUUAUAUCUCCCCCACAGCGCAGGCCUUUCCUUACACUUGUAAGGGUUGGUUAUCAUGCAGUUGUGGUGACCAGUUGUGGACCAGUUGUGGACCAGUUGUGGGGACCAGUUGUGACCAGCUUUGGGGAACAAUUGGGGACCAGUUGGGACCAGUAACUCCAGGGAGAUUUGGAAACAGAACAGGUCUUGUACCAGUUAUUGGGGGACACUGAGAGGCUGAACAGAACCUCUCUCUCUCCUGGUCCCAUCGAUGUGUAAUUAAAUGUCUGCUCAUUACGAUAGUCUCUGGAGAGGCCUGUUUCAGACGUUUCUCCCUGCACCUCACAUCCACUAAUUAAAGAACACAAAAUACUUAAUCUCUUCUUGAUACAAUCAAAAAAAUCACGCAGGCCAAACUUGUUAUCUUGUGUUGAGUCGGACUCAAACUUGUUAUCUUGUGUUAGUCAGUCCAACGGCUUUAAACCAUUCUGCCAACAAAUGUGUAUCCUUAAUCUGAAAGCAGCUUUAUGGACAGACAUUUUGAUCAACAAUAACUCAUCGUAAUGGAGACAUAGUGACCCCUGGCUGGGGGUGAACACAAACUGUGGGUGCUGCUGUUUAAUGGCUGAGGGGCUUUCAUUUCAGUUGAAGGCCGACUCAACUUGAAUAUUCUCUGCAGCUAGGGGAAUAGCUUCUCUCUGAAUGGGAAGUAAAGUUCCCCUCUUCUCACAGAGAAGUGAUUCUGUCGAGGACUCCACCUUUGGCGAUGGUUUAAAAAAUAGUGUGUAUCUAGCUGUGCAUUUAUCUAAGGAAACCUUUAGGGGUGAGGCACAGACACACACACACACACACACACACACACAGAGAGAGAGAGACGUUGCGGGCUAUGAACAAAGAACACUAAAACAUGUUUCCUGUUGAUGGAGUGAUUCUGACAUUCUCCCUAUAUGGAGCCUGGGGGACCACAAUGACUUUACUGCUUGAGCGAGACUUCAGAACUAAAGGUCCGGACUGAGUGUGUGGCCCAAAGGUAAAAGGCACCACCAUACCUCAGGCUCAGGGUAGAUGAUAGCCAUCUUUUUUAGUUGUUUCCAUGCUGUUAUGCAAUUCCAGAACAAUAUCCCCGGACUACAGGGGAACAGAGGAUGAGACAAGAGGAGAAAGCGGUUGUUUACAUAGCUUCUAGCCUUGCUUGCCAGGCUUUAUAGCAAUGCUAUAGGCCUACAGUGUUAAAGACGCACAGGUAGGAAUAAGACAAUGCUACUGAUGACCUUGGGAGAAGGCAAACUCAGGCAGAGCCUCUCUGAAGGACUAAAUAACAGCUCCUUCCAUCUCACACUCCCAUCGGCACCACUGAACCUCCCUCCCCUCAGUAGACCACAAUUUAGGCUAAAUCACCCAGCACGCAAGCAAGCAAGCACGCACACACACACACCCUCCCCAAAUCCAUCAGUUAUUGCCCUUCUUCCAAUCCUCCCCGUCAAAGUAGUUUCUGUCUGCAUAUCUCUAUUCCUCUCUCACUCUCUGACAAACACACACACACACAGACACAGACACAAUCCUCCCAGCUCCAGGCACAGGCCAUUUAGUGGAGCAGUCGGAGAUCUAUUCAGAGCUAUGCCACCAUACGGAUGUUCACGCAAAACUGGCAUCUUUCCAGUCCUUGCAACUUCCCAUAUACAGGGGAAGCGAAGCGCAGACGUACUGCUGGUGGUGGGGGUUUAGGGGACUUUGAGAGGGAUGUGUGUGUGUGAAGUCCUUAGGUUUUGCCUUGUAUGGUACAACAGGGAGAAGACAGCUGUCAAAUAGAAUGAAGUUAUUGAAAGUAGGCCUACUCAGUGCACACCCUGAGAAAAACAUCUAUUGUGUAGAACCAUUAUGGGAUUUGUAAGACCUUCAUAUAGCCUUUUUCCUUGUAGGGAUCGGCAAAAUGUCCCCGAAUUUUCUGUGUUUUACUAUCCUUGUGAAGGCUUCUGGUCCCCACAAGGAUAGUAAAACCAAAAACACACACACAUACGCAGGGGGGGGGGGUGGGGUCAUGGGUCAUAACAUCCCUGUUGGUUAGGGCAGUUCUCAUUGUAUGACAUGUCUGUCCAAUUAAGAAAGAUGUAUUUGCCUUGGGGAGGGAUGUUAUCCAUUGGGAGACCCAGAGACAGAAUGAGCAAUAUGUCCGAGAGCCAGCCAGGUUCAGUUGUUCAUUUGACUGUAGCCCUUAGAAGAAGUGUUUUUCUGUUGAGACAGGUCAGAAACUCAUCACUUACACUGUAACAUUAGAGAGAUAUGCUUGGUGUGUGGAGAGUUUGGGUCAACUAUUUGACAAAUAUCAUUGGCAGCAUUUGAAGUUGCCAAUGGGGAUGUCACCAAUGACAUGUUGGCAAUCGGCCAAUGAGGGGGUAGUAAAGUACAGGGGAGAAGGAGAGAGGAGAGAAUAAAUUGGUUAGAUAAAAUGUCAAAAGCAAAGAGAUUAAAGCACGUUCACUAAUUAGGCUUUUAAAAAGUAUGGGGUCAAGGAGUUAACCUGACAUCAGAAAUACUCCAACACAUUUAAACAGCAGCCCAAUGCCUAAUAGAUGUGCAUUGAAAGUAGGCCAUGCAUAUGAUGACUCAGUAAGAUCAUAUCUUGAGGCCGUUAUUAAAAUUAAUGUGUUUUCCUCCCCCUCUCCUCUUCACAGACCUUAUACCACAUUCAUCCCCCCUCACCCCCCUCAUAUCCUCCUCGUCCUCCACUCAGACAGAUACAGUACAUCUCUCUUUUUCAACCUCUUAAUAAUUCGCUCAAUCUUUGCACCAACUUCCCCUCACCUCCAUCAAAAGUACUUUUUACUCUCUCCAUCUUAUCUCUCCCUACUGAUUGCUAGAUAUCAUCAUGCUUGACUCUCUCUCUCUCUGGGAAGAUCUCAAUUGCAUUCCCCUCGCGUCCUCUCUCCUCGUCUCCUUAUCAAAACCCAUUGGAGGAGAAGUUCAGAGGGGCGGGGCCUCUGGCUUUCUCAUCCAAUGGCUUUUGAGAAGGAGAUGAGGAGAGAGGACGCGAGGCAAUGAUGCUACAGUACAGCUACAGGCCAUUGAAAGGCUUUGAAGCCACUGGUCGGCCAUAUUGGCACUCCCCAGUAGGAGUGCCAAUACUGCUUAAGUCGUUUUUUUUGGGGUAUCUGUAGUUUACUUUACUAUUUAUAUUUUGGACAACGUUUACUUUUACUGCACUACAUUCCUAAAGAAAAUAAUGGACUUUUCCAUCCAUACAUUUUCCCUGAGACCCAAAAGUACUCAUUACAUUCUGAAUGCUUAGCAGGACAGGAACAUUGUCAAAUUCACACACUAAUCAACAUCCCUGGUCAUCUCUACUGUCUCUGAUCUGGCAAACUCAGUGAUCACAAAUGCUUCAUUUGUAAAUUAUGUCUGAGUGUUGGAGUGUGCCCCUGGCUAUCCAUUUUCGUGACGUUGUCAGCCAACCCAUCUAUAGAUGGUCUGUGUGUUGUUGUGAUUCUGGAUGGCCAGCUAACUAGCAACAAUUCCAAGAGGCUGCCAUGUGGGGAAUCGUAGGUGGCUCGUUUUAUCUAGUUUGAUCUAAUACUUGAUACCAUGUCUUGUUACGUAAAAAUGUAUGCACACAUGACUGUACGUCGCUUUGGAUAAAAGCGUCUGCUAAAUGGCAUAUUAUCUAUUAUUAUUAUUUUGUUUUGAGGUGUUUUGACUGACGUUACGUCUAUGCUAAUAUGGCUAAAAUGUGUUAGCUAGCUAACCAACAACUGUAGCAAUGUAUUUGAGAAACGACAAGUGUUGAUUGUGCAAAUUGAUUUAUGCUUUCAAUAAACAUUGAAGACUAAAUAUAGUUUACAAUAAUCUAAUGCAACCCUGUCUGUUUUGCCCCAUAUUUGCACACACGUCAGUUUUGUUGCUAAACAACCAACCCAUCUAUAGGAAUGAAUGGAAUUCUACAGUAUUUCACUUAAUGUUUCAAGGACAAAGUUACAUGCAUUUAAGUAAUUUUGUUGUUGUAGUGGGGACAGUAACAUUAUUAAUCUCUAAAAACUAUACUUUUAUAUAUUUUUAUUUAUUUCUAUGUUUAGCUCACAUAAUAUAAUUUACAAGUAUGCAAUAAGGUGUCUGUAAUAGAAUAAAUGUGGCAAAAACGAAUCUAGACAUUAAUAAAUCAAUUUCUAUAACUUCCUAAAUAUAUUUGACAAUGGUGGGGGAGUGCCAAGAUGGAAGCACAGUGGCUUCAACACACAGUCAUCUAGUGUAAAUAAAUAAUUGACACGAGGAGUAUGCAAUUGAGAUCUUCCCUCUCUCUUUCUCCCACUCUCUGUUCCAGGUGGAUGUUCUGAAGGCAGACAUGGAGAGUGCGGAGUGGAAGAUUCUGGAGAACCUGGUUCUAGAAGGGGUUCUGAGCUCAGUGGGUCAGUUACUACUAGAAGUCCACCUCCACUGGGCGGGGUUUGAGGUGGAUGGGGACGACCCAUCCGUGGUGCGCUAUUGGUUCAGCCUGCUGAAGGAGCUGGAGCGCGCUCACUUCCGUCUCUUCCGUUACUACAGCGACCCAGCCAAGCCCCGCCUCUUCCUGCACAGGAACUUUCUGAACGCCAGCAGUGCCUAUACACUGGGCUGGGUCAACAAUCAGUGGAGGCCCUGA